AUUUGUCAUCUGGAGAAAAGCGGGCAGGAUGGGCUGAACAUGUUGGCUGGCCAGUGGGAUCCACCUUCUGCAAAGCAGGGAAGAGAAGGCACAGCAAUUUGUAUCGUCAGAGUUCAUGGACACAUACCUGCCAGGUGAAAUCACAAAGAGGGUGUUAAGCGAGGACAGGUGUGGCCUACUGAGACAAGGAGCGCCUUGGGAGCAUUCACCCUGAUCGGUUUGCAAGGAGAUCCUGCUGUUGUUAAAGACCCAGGAGCAGGAGCCAAUAGAAAGGUUGACAGCCCACGUUGGAGGUAAUGCUGAGAUCGAGUGGAACACCUGCUCCUUGUGGAAUCCAUUAACAGCCCUUGCACAUGAGGAUACUCAGGAAACAGUAUGAAGAUGAAAUCAGACGUAGCCUGCAGAAUAGAGAUCAGGCCUGCAGCCCCGUCCUCCGCUCACUGGCACGCCUGCGUCCCGACAUGACCCUGGAGGAUGGGGUUCCCCGUGCCGUGCAAGAAUGGGAGCACAGCAGUAACUUUGAGCGCAUGAUCUUCUACGAAAUGGCAGAAAAGUUCAUGGAGUUCGAAGCAGAAGAGGAACAACAGAUCCAGAAGAUGAAGCUCUUGGCCAGUUGCUCUCAGUUCCAGGCCCCAGCUCCCAAACCCAACAAGCCACCUCCGUCCCCUGCCCCUGAGUCUGGGCAGCAGCAAGUCUACAUCCCCAAGAAGUCAGCUUCCAAGAGCCGCCAGCCUCGGCGUCGCCAGCGGCGUCCGCCCAGCACUUCCACCCCAGGAGCGCCCAGGGAGAUCCCUGCCGAGGCGGUGCACCAGUAUGCUGAGAUCAUGGAAGGCCUGGACACGAGUUGGGAGGAGGAAGAGGACGAGAAGAAAGAACAAGGGGUGUGCAACAACCCCCAAGAGCAGGAAGAGGGGGCCUUCCCAGAUCCUGCCCUGCUGCAGUAUAUUGAUCAGUUAUGUGAUGAUGAAGAAUUUGUUUGUAAGGUUGAAGCUGUCAUUCACCCACAGUUUAUGGCUGACUUGCUGUCUCCAGAGAAAAGCCAGGAUCCUCUAGAUCUGAUGGAAGAAUUGGCGGAGGAGCUAAACUUAACACCCAACCAGCUGACAGAGAAGAGACUCCUGGCGCUGUCGGAAGAAGAAAGGGAGCCCUCUGUCUACCCUACAUCCCAUUCUGACUCCACCCCCUCGCAGUCUGAGGAAGAGGACGAGGUCAGUGGUAAUGGAAAAGGAGAAGAUGCAUCGUGCCAUGCCCUGAAGAGGCCUUUGACCAGCAAAGUCAUUAGAAGCAACCAGCCAGAAUUGCCUAUGCCAGCCACCAGUUCCCCAAUGGCACAUAAUUCGCAGCAACGAGGCUUUCCACCAAAAGCAGAGAGUUCUCCUCCUCACAAAUGUGGCACCCAGGACUCCCAGGAAGCAAGCCUGCUACUCUCCUUGAAGAGCACAGUUGAAGAGGAAACCCAGAACUCACAGGGACGAGGCCAGGUUCAAAGUCAGGGAAACUCUUCUCAUAGCCAGUGGGCCACACUGGAAGCUACUCCUGGUAUAACAGGAAAUGUCAGCAUUAUUGGGAACUUAACGUCCGAAGGGGACAACAAGGCCAAGCAAGGUAUUGCAAGGCCCCAUGCCUUGGAACAUUCAAAGCAAGAUGGCGGCCAAGAAGGAAAGGUCAAGCAGCAUGCUACAGGGCAAGGCAGCCUUGCUGUCAAAGGACAGUUCCAUAAUGGGAUGGAGUUGGUUUGGAAUAAUCUAGAACCACCCCACAACAAAUGUGAAAAACAAGAUGGUAUCCAACGAGGGGAGGUCAAGUGUCUAAAGAAGGCUCAUGCUGUCUGGAAAAUACAGGAAGAUGAUCCAAAAGGGACCGACCAUGAUCGUCAAGGCCUAAACAAAAUGUUAUUAGGAGAUCGCAUAGCAGCAGAAAGGACUCUUAGGAUGACUUUGAAUGGGCAUGGGGGACAAAAUGUUGACACUGCAGAAAAGGCCAGAGGUCAACUCCAAGUUCAAAGUAAUAGGGGGCCAAAGGAAAUCUCCAGUAGAAGAGAACUUGACUGUCAAGGUAAUGAGAUGACAUCUCACCCAGACAACCAGAUAAAACAGGAACUCCUGCAGGCUGAAUGUGGAAAGCUAAAUGGCUGUCAAGGAGAAGUAGCCAAAAAUCAACUCCAGUCCCAAGGCAUUUAUAGAGGGGCAAAACCUACCUCUAAUGUAACUGUAACUCAGUUAGGAGGCACCAAGCCAUGUGGGAAAAGCUCAGCAGCGCAAGACAGUCUAGCAUUGAGCCCCUCUGGACAUGGGAAUAAUCUCAAUAGCCAAGAAGCACAGGUCAAAUCUCAGAAGAAGCCAGAGGCUAACUGGAAGCAAAUGACAACGACAUCAGUAAAGGACAAUGGCUUAGUCAAAAGUGUACAGUUGCCUGCAGAUAAUAUAUCAUUAGAAAAACAACCAAUUUCCACCAGACAAGAUGGCCAACAGUCCAUUGACUCACCUGUGUUGGAAACAGAUGAAGGAACUAGAAAGUCACAUGUUGAACUCAACCAGGGAAACAGACAGAAGUUGACUUUAUCCAAUUCUAGUCGGAUAGGGUUGCUUGAAGAGCAUCCCACAGGCACAGAUUCUGAGCAUGUGCCAUAUUUCACCCUCUCAUUACUAGAGCCUCAAUCUCCAAGUAUCCAGAAGUGCCCUGAGAUAUUCCAGAAGUCUCAGUGGCCACUCACAGAUCAGUGCAAAGUCACGCCUUGGGUGGAAAACCUUCCAGAUGACAAGCAGAACCCAGAGCCCACGCCAAACCCUUCAAGCUACGUUGCCACAGUGGAAGCUGAUGGAGGCAGCUGCAGUCCAGCUGGAGCUCACACUCCUGUGGCUGCCAGUUCUGGGAAAGGGGGAGCAGCGUUUCCACUACAACAAGGUGGAGGAAGCAGUGGAGGCUGCCAUGGAAAUGAUGAGCCCAGUCAGAGAGCUGAGUCUAGCGAUCUGCUCCCUUCUAAAGCCCACAGGGGGCUCAUCAGUUCAGAGAGUAACGCAAAGAACUCGAGUAAGGGGGAAGGGGGAGAUUUGCUUGAGAGAGUCGCCGUGGCAAAAGGCCUGCUUCCAGAACUCCCCGGAGGAAGCGUGGAAGACAUCCUUAAAUAUGGAGCUAAAGAAGACGACGAAGAGGAGGAUGAGGAGCUAUCUAGCUUCUCCUCCUUGCUUGCCUCCAAGCUCAGCCUCUCCCCUCACAGUGCCCUUGCGCCUCUCGCAAGGGAACAAGGGGACACCCUGCCCUCCUCACCCACGGAUGCUGGGAAGCAAGGUGCUAAGACAAGGCACUCCACCAGGGCGCAGGUGCCCCAGAAUUCCACCACCCCACCAAACAGGAGUCCAGAAGCCAACACAGCCGCUCAGCACAGUCACAAAAGAAAGAACAAUGGCUCAGGCACACGGAGGAGCAAGCGCCUUCGCAACCAGUAGCAGCGCUCCUUUCUUUCAAUGAAGGCUGACUCUAGCAAACCCUGGGAAAGUCUCUUAAAGUCCCCGUUCUGGCAGCUGCCACCUGUGCUGAGAUUUCAGAGCCCCACCAUUACUCAAAAUAUUACGGGUAACAGGGGAAAAGAUUGCACCGAAAUACCUUGACCGAGUCACAAUCUGCCUAAAUAUGCUUCCCGUGGGACUUGACAGAGACCUCCUCCCUGCAUUUGUUGAAAUUUCUUAGCAAAUUAAAAGAGAUAUUGAAUCCAACUUGCUUGGCUGCAAGCCUGGCUCUGAAAGCUCCACCUUAGAGACUACCAGCCUGCCUAAUAUCGAACUCAUGUUAUCCUGUGCCGAUCUGUUUGGGAAUUGAAAAGGAAGGCAGUGCUUGUUUCUGCAUACCUGU